AUGAAGUCGUUUUUGAUACUUUUGGCUAUUGGUUUUGGAAAUUCUGAUAAAUUAGAUCUGAAAUAUCUUCCUCCACCUGGAUCUGAGCUUGCUGAUGGCAGCCCUGGCACAAGUGACAUACCAUUAAGAUUACCUAUUCCUUCUUCCACAACAGUACCAUCAGUUUUAACUGAAAUGACUUCCUUGGUGUCAUUGAUCAAUGAUGAGAGGCAAAUAGGUUCCAAAGCGGAUAAAAAAGUAAAAAUUAAAACUCCACUGAAACUGAUAGACGCAUCGAUAUUUAACGGAGACAAUACAAAGUUACAAAGCAAUAAUAGUCGUCCUGAAAUGUUGACUGAUAAUUCCUACCCAAAUAGAGAUUUCAACGGCAAAUCUAUCUACUUUGACGAAUUUCCUCAUUCGCACACUGAAGAUAUUUCAUUGUCUGGAAUAUUUAAACAAAAUAAUAUUGAUAAACCUGUUAAAAAUGAAGGAAAUGACAUCAAUUUAUUACACCCUGUCCUACAUCGCGGAAGAAAUCAAUCAAAUAAAAAUAUAAAAUCAUUAAUUCAUAAAUCUGAGAAGGUUGUGGAAAAUCAUACUUCUAAAUACUAUAAUAACGAUUUAAUUCAAGAUUAUCUGAUCAAUGAGUUUUCAACUGAACCAAAUUAUACCUUUACUCCAAUGGAAAAGAUGUAUGAGAAUAAAUUAAUUUUGCCUUAUGACCAUAGUCAAACUGAUUCAACAAUAAGUAUUUCAAAAAGCUCCUCUCCCAGAAGGCCCCAAGCGAAUUUAGAAAGAAACGCUUUCAUCUUAAAUUACAAAAAUAUCGUAAAACCUGAUGAAUAUACAUACACAUUUGACACAUCAAAUGGAAUACAUGUAAAUGAAAAUGGUACAGUUAUUAAUGGAGCAAGCGUCCAGGGUUCGUAUUCAUAUACUGGUGACGAUGGGAAAAUUUACAGCGUAACAUACACAGCCGAUGAAAAUGGUUUUCAACCUCGUGGUGAACAUUUACCCACUUCUCCCCCUAUACCUGAGGCUAUAUUAAAAGUCAUAGAACAAGCUGCUAAGGACAAAGAAGCUGGAAUAUUUGAUGACGGGUCCUACGAUGAAAAUAAAUAUGGCUAUAAAAGUUAUCAAAACAUAAUUAAUGACGACAAAAAACUAUACAGUGAAAGUAUAUUUUUUGUUAAUGGGGCUGAUAUACCUAAUAACGAAUUUGACACAAACAUUCUAGAAAAUAAUAUUUUCCCAUAUAAUGAUGUUGAAAUGCAAAAUAAACCAGACAAACAAUAUUCUCAAGAAAAUAAAGUAAGUUUUAAUCGUAAUAUAAGUAACAUCAACUUCAAAGCUCUCGAAAAUAAAACGAAAAUAGGUGUUACAGAGAAACAAUUAAUUGAAGACAUAGUUACUUUACCUGAAGAAUCCUUUGAACGUGAAUUUAGUCCAGACCCUAAAAAGAUAUUACGCUCACAAAUAAUGAUAGAUUCUGUUUACAAGAAAGUUUUAUCAAAUAAAAACAUCCAUCCUGUUGAAAAUGAAAAGAAAACUGCAGAAGACGUAACAGUAACUACACUUUCGGAAAAAUCUGCAAUAACAAAUAAAGGUUAUUUUUAUAUUCAACCUCAAAGGAAAUUUAAUGAACUCGAAAAUAGAUUCUUAGAAUCAGAAUAUUUUAUUUCAGAAAGAAAAAAGAAUGUUAAAACAUCAGAAAAUAAAGAUAAAAAACCACAACCAUUUAUAACUCCAAAUGUUUCACGUGAUUAUGAAGGUAGCCAAGAAGAUAAUUCGGAGCAAACUGAAGCAUCUGUAAGAAAUUUUGACUUAAGUGAUAAAUUAUUACCUAAAUUAGAUCAAAAACUUUCACGAAAAUAUCACGAAAUUUACCCUCCUAUACAUAGUAAUAUUGAAAUUAAAGUAAACAAUGAGACUGAUAUAUCAAUUCAUAAUGUAACAGAACAGUUUGGAGGUAAAAAACAUUUAGAUAUAACAUAUCCUUUCUCUGGAAAAAGUUCUCAAAUUACUAUAAACAUCGAUAAAAAUCAAAACGUUUAUUCUAAUAGGAGUAGUAUUUAUAAAGAAUAUUAUCAACCUAGUAUUAUAUCAAGUAUAACAGAAUCUUUGACAGAGUUAGAUUCAAUGAUCUCUGAUGUCUUUUAUUCAAGUGGUGCUCAGUACUCCAGUACAGAACCUGUAACAACGUACAAUGAUGAAAUAUUAAAUAAAGCCCUUGAAUCAACUUUCUAA